AUGUAUUCUACAGAUGCGGUGUCAGAUUAUGAGGAGGGAGUGCGGACACUGGGCCCUCUCGCUGACUACCUAGUAGUGAAUGUUAGCAGCCCUGGCCUUAGAGACCUACAGGGCAAGGAAGAACUGCGCCACCUUCUGGACAAGCAUGAAAUAGGGGGUCUCAGUGGUCAGCCUCUGAAAGAGCUGUCCACUCAAACAGUACGAGAGAUGUACACGUUGAAGCAAGGGAAGUUACCCAUUGUUGGAGUUAGUGGAGUGGCCAGCGGACAGGAUACCCUAGAUAAGAUUCGUGCAGGAGCCUCUCUGGUGCAGCUCUACACGGCUCUAGUAUACCAGGGUCCGCCUGUAGUCAACAAGAUCAAAAGUGAACUAGAUGAUGCUUUAAAGGCACAAGGUUUUACAUGUGUAGCAGAGGCAAUAGGUGCUGAUCAUAGAUCAACAGAGAAAACUAAAACCACAGACCUAAAAUGA